UCGACUGUGGGAAGGCAUUUCUCUUUCUUGUUCUGUGCUCUGUGUUCCCCUUCACUUUCAUCACCUUUGCUCAGGAAAGAAAGUACGAUUAAUCUCACCUCCUGAACACCCAGAAAGGAACUCGCCGCAUUCAAACACUUUAUUUUGCCCUCACACACUCACGCGCAACAGCAGCAGCACAGGAAACAAACCUCAGCCCGGAGUUUCUCUGCAGAAAAAGCUGAAGCCUGACUCACUUCUUUUUAUCUCUUUUCAUUUCUGACAUCACUCAUCUGCGUGCCGUUAGCUCAUCUGCUCGCCUGGGCUAUGUGUGAAUCUGGAAAGCACUGUUAUGACGGGGAAUGCUGCAGGACACACGUGGAUAAGCUGAAGAGACUCAUCUGGGCGAUCAUGAUCUGGGUCUCGAUCCUUUCUCUGGGCCUGGGAGCCUCCAUCACUUUCCACUUCAUCUUCUGUCAGAAAUCCAACACAGAGAAUUCCCCUGACAGCACCACCGGAAAGUCUCCACUCAGUUCAUAUGACUGCUUCGGCGAGAAAAAUAUAAGCAGCAGUGAACUGAAUGUGGUGUGGCGAAAACAAAAUGAAAACGUUGACAAAAAUACUACAAUAGAAAUAGAGGAGGAUGGCAAUUAUUUCCUCUUCCUCAAAGUAACCCUGCAGUCCAAGAAGCAAGGGGUUAAAUACACGGUCACAGUUAAAAAGAAGCCACAUGGUAACCAUGCCACACGUAUCACUGACGGCCAUAUCAAUGAAACAAAUAACUCGACUGGAUUCAUAGGUAUACGAGUGCUUUUAACUCAAAACACAUCAGUAACUGUUAUCUGCAGCCCCACAGCAGAAGUGGAUCAACAAAACACUUACUUGGGUUUGAUCAAAUUCUGA